CUUUGUAACAUUACAUAUUUCUUGGAAUAAUUCUCUUGCAGUAUUUUUUCUUAGCUAUCCAUGUCCAUAAUAAUUUGCAGUUUAUUUACGUCUCUGAUGCAUUUGUGGCAGCUAAGCUUUGGUAUGCGCACCUUAAACUAUUUGGGUCUCUGAGGUUCCAACGCAUCGUAAUAGACUCAGAAUUAAUGCUCCUAAUUUAACAUAAAUUUUUUGUAGUACAGUGUUAAAAUUCAGAUUUUCUUUUCACUUUCUUACAUUCAUUGAUAUAUAACUUAUAGAGUUUGGUCUCUUGUCUUCUUUUUCUACUUCAUUUUCCUUAAUGCCCAUCAACUUUGGAGUUGUCAUUUCCUGCUUUCUCACUGCCAAAAGUGUUCAAUGACAUUCAGUAAUAUAGAUAUUAUACUAUGCAGUUGCAAUUUCCUGUAACAUAAAGAGGUUAUUUUCCUAGUGAAAAGAGAAUUUUAAUGGUAGUGAAGUUUGUCUGCAUCUUCAUCAUCAAUCAUUUCCAUGUGUUGAGUCAAAGCUAGAACACUUAAUGGGAUUCUUGAGUUAGCAUUCUUUAACAGCAUAUGCAUGUAUAUUGUCUUGAUUUGGAAAGAUAUCCUGGAUCUCUUGAUACCAUUAGGUUAUGUAUUUCUUUGAUUUAAAAAGAUAAGCUGGAGCUUUAGCUAUCAAAUCUCACGCCUGACAUGAUAUUUGCUGAAUAUCCUGUCAGUAAGUUUAUAUUAAAGUGUCACUUCUCAUCUCGCAUAUAGUGUGCAUAUCUGUGGAAGAAAGUUGAUGCAUGGUAAUAUUUUCUACAGAAUAAUAAUUCUGUAAACCAAUUGUGUUUUUCUUCUUGUUGGUAAUAGUUAUUUGUCACUAAAUUUCGAUGUACAAUGCGCGUAGUCAAAGAAGUUGGAUAAAGUUGAUGCAUGGUAAUAUUUUCUACAGAAUAAUAAUUCUGUAAACCAAUUGUGUUUUUCUUAUUGUUGGUAAUAGUUAUUUGUCACUAAAUUUCAAUGUACAAUGCGCGUAGUCAAAGAAGUUGGAUUCAGAUGUCUGUAACUAUGACCCUGGGUUAUACUGUAGUCAACAAUCUAUUUGAUGAUGAAUGGAUAAUUGGCUUAUAACCCCAAUGAUUUAGGGGUGUUUGCGUGCGCGCACUUGGUCUAAUUGGUUCAAGAAUAGCAAGCUACCUAUGUUGACUAUGAUGAUUGAGGAAUCAAAUUCUUGCGGUGAAGGACUAAAGCUUUUGAUUGUCUUUCUAGUUCUCUAUAUUUUUCCUCAUUAGUUACAGCGAUGAAUGAGUGAGGAACUGGAUUUGCAGUGAUCUGAGUAUUAGACUCAUAGGUUAUGGAGUCAAGUAGAAGGGCUUUUUGGCAUUAUACUGUGAUGCAUACUAUGAUUGAAUGUAAAUAAGGCUGGCAAAUGAUUGGAAGUGGGAAAGCAGUAAGUUAGUUGAAAUGGGUUUGGUACACCACAUUUGGUAGAACAAAAGCAUGUGAGUGCAUGUGGGUGACUCUGAAUAAUUAAGAGGAAGACAUUGAAAUUAAUCAAUAUUUAUGAUGAUGUGGAAGAAACCAAACAACAACCAUGUGAGAAAUCAUUGAGAUAUGCACUACUGUUCUGAAGAUGAUACUCUGAUAAUGUAGAAGAACGCAGAAUGCAACUGAGUCAUGAGCUUAACAACCUAUUAAAAUAAAGAGAAACCUAAGAACAAUGUAGGAUGAGACAAAAUAAUAAUUAUUCCCUUUUGGUGGCUGAGAGUCCAUAAUGUUUCAUGUCAGCAGUGACUAAAGAGUAGAAAUCUUAGGGUUUUGCCUUCCAUGUGGCAAAAUUUAAACAAAACAAAAAGGUUCUUAUCAUUGUCCUUUAACUCCAUGGAACUGAUGUAUGCAAUUCUGGUAACUGACAUUAUAUCAUGUCUAAUAUCUUCAUUACUAUCUUAGCAGCCGAUAUUUACGACUUCAUGUAGGUGAUAUAUUGGGCUGAAAAUAUUGUAUAUUGACAUGAUUAUCCUUUCUUGUUUAGUUUCAUUUGGAUUAUGCAAGGAAUCAGUGAAGUUGAUUGGAAUCUUUCUCAUCUUAUAUUUAGCUUUGUCACUCUCUCUUUGCAGAAAUGGCCAUAUUAAGACAAUGAAGCUGAGAGCAGCCAAAAUGAGAGGAAGUACAAGUUAUGUGUCGAUGAUCACAGUUGACAUAAGCGAAGAAUUGCAUGUGCUUGGUCGAUAUCAUGUUUUUUGUUUACAGGCCUGAAGCCUAACAAGAAGAUGACAGGGGAUCAGGAGGCAGCUAAGAUGGAUACUUCAUAGUGUACAGAAGUAGACAUUUGAAAAUAUCAGUUCAACGCUUGAUGGAUAUUUCACCUGCCAUAUAAUUCUAUCUGAAGAUUCAAGCACUCAGCUCUCUCCACUCUUGCACAAUCCAAACCUCAUCAAAAUCAGCAUCUAUCUUGAUCAAUGGAGAUUGAGUCUGUGAAGUGUAAGUGUUGUGGCUUGAGAGAGGACUGCACACAAGAGUAUAUAAGCGCAGUGAAGGCUAACUUUGAUGGCAAGUGGCUUUGUGGGUUAUGCGCAGAGGCAGUGAGGGAUGAGGCCGUGAGGGGGAAGAGGAGCAAAGGGUUUAUUGGGGUGGAGGAUGCUGUAGGGGCACAUAUGUCAUUUUGCCAGAACUCACGGUCGAAUCCGGCCGUCCACGUGGCGGAGGGAAUGAGGCAGAUGCUCCGGCGGAGGUCCAGCGAUGUGUCGGUGGGUUCGGGGUCGGCAGUUGUCAAGAAAUUUGGGAAGUCCUUGAGUACACUCAAGUAGGUUGAGCUUUUGAGGUUCAACUAGUUAAAAGACUAUGGUUUUGAUGAUGAUGAUGAUGAUGAAUAAGGUUAUUAGGAAGGUGAUUAACUUGACUGAAUUUGGUUUUUCCUCCAAUUGUUGUUUAUGUGAUCUGAAGGGCUCUGACUUGUUGAAUUGUUGUUUGUUUGAUUGGAGAUGAUGGAGCUAAUAUGCAUAAGCAAUGUAGCUUGUUGUUGAUUUCA